AUGCUGACACCCACGAGCACCUUCGCCCUCCGCCUCGCCGGCCAGGGCGCCGCCCGCGCAUCGAUUGCCUCCUCCAUCGCCCGCACCACCGCAUGCCCUUACUCGACCGUCUCGAUGAAGAAGCAGCAGCCCUCCGCCCGACCGAUCGGCCUCGUCGCGAUGGGACCCAUUGCCCGCACUAGCGCCGCCUUCGCCGCUGCCUCCUCGUCUUCUUCGAUCGUCGCCCGUGUCGUCCGCCAGCCCUGCUCUCAACGCUGCAACGCGACGGCUGCUGCCGCGGCGGCGCAACCAAAGGCCGCCGCCGUGCCCGGGGACAAGCUUGACUGGGAGACCUUCUUCCAGCUGCGCAAGUCUCGCAGGAGGUGGCAGCUCGGCUUCAGCAUCAUCUCUGGCCUGGGCUCCUUUGUCGGCGGUGCCGGUAUCCUGGCUACUGGUGUUGCGGAUCCGUUGGUCACGCAGGUUCCCCUGGACCCUUUCAUUACGAUGGGCAUGAUGACCAUGGCCUUCGGCGCGCUGGGAUGGUUGGUCGGGCCCAGUGUUGGGUCCCUAGUCUUCUACACGCUGAACAAGAGGUGGAAGAACCAGAUGACAAUCAAAGAGAAGGAGUUCUUUGCCCGCAUCAAGAAGAACCGUGUUGACCCUUCGGUGUCGUCCGUCGGCAACCCCGUCCCCGACUUCUACGGAGAGAAGAUCUCGAGCGUUAAGGGCUACCGCCAGUGGCUGAAGGACCAGCGUGCCUUCAACAAGAAGCGUAUCAGCUUCGUGUAG